GCUGCGUUGUUGCUCCCGACUACGACUUACAGCAGAGGAAACUUGAAUAACCGGACUGCACGGACUGCACGGACUCGGAACUGCGACUAUCCGUGCCUUGGUGGAGAGAGCGUGCGUGAUUGCGAAAUCUUACUGCCGGCUUCUGUUCUUGGAUUGGGCUGUACGGUGUACGCGAAAUGGCGACUGCAACGGUUGAUCCGGAGCCCUCGACGAUUCGGGAGGUGAAUGGAAGUGGACCGGAUCACAUCGCGAAGCAGCCCGGGCUCGCGCAUACGACGACGAAUAUUUCGAUGACGCCGGAGCUCUUCGAGAAGUUGUAUCUGGCGCCGAAGAUCCCGCAUGCGGUUGAUCAUGCUGCGAGGUUUGCGAAUGCGACGCCGCUCGGCUUCCUUGGCUUCGUGAUCUCGACGUUUACAUUCAGCAUGGUUAUGAUGGGAUGGGGAGGUGCUUCGGGGUUGCCGGCUGUCGUCGGCAUAUUCUUCUUCACCGGCCCUGUCCUCCUGCUUCUCAGCACCAUAUUCCUAUGGAUUCAGUCGCAAUUCUUUCCAAUGAUGGUGUGCGGUCUCUUCUGCGUCUUCUGGCUCUCGUUCGGCAUGCUCCAGCUGCCCUCCCUUGGGCUUGCGACUGCAUAUGAAGGCGGCGCCAUGGGGAAGGAAAUGAACGCCGUUAUUGCGCUGUAUCUGCUCGUGUGGGGCUUCGCGUUGGGUACAUUCUGGGUGUUUACGUUGAGGAUAAACGCGGUCUUCGCUGGGAUCUUCGGAUUCGUGACGAUUGGGGCGUGGGUAUUGAGUGGAGCUUACUGGAAGCUGAGCACGGGUAAUGUCAAGGAAGCACAGAGACUUCAGAAGGGUGGCGGCGCUUUGCUGUUUAUAGUGGCAGUCUUAGGGUGGUACAUGAUCUUCGUCCAGAUGGCUGCGGAAAUGCGCUGGUCUGUCAACCUGCCGGUCGGGGAUCUUAGUCAUUACUGGAGGAGGACGGAUGUCGAGCUGGCGGCUAUGGAGAACGAGAAGAAGGACUAGAGGUGACUGACUAAUUGUAAGGCGGAUAUAAGGCACAGACUUGCCGAUGGCUAGCCGCGGAGUCGCCG